CCUCCACACCGACGAGAGAGACAACCGGGUGUUACCCUUCUUGGCAGCCUCCAAGAUCUCGUACCCAAUGGCCUCGCCUUCACGAUCACAAUCGGUCCAUAUCAUUAGGUAGUUAGCAGAUCGGGCCUCGUUGGCAAUGUUCUGGUGGAUGGCGAGUUUAGACUUGUCGGGCUGAAUUUUGACCGGGGCAUCCAAGAGACGCCCUGGAGGGACUCUUCCCCACGCGUACUCGGCGGGAAAGUCCAUGGAUGUGAUAUGGCCGGUGACUGAGGUCAUGGUGACAUCGCACAAGCCAUGGCCGGGGAAGGUGAAUUUGAAGUCAAAGUUGGCAUUGUACUUGGAACGAGAGUCCCGUCGCGUCAGGCGCCCUCCGCUGAGAACACUGGUGACCUCCUUGGCUAUCGAAGGCUUCUCGGCCACACAGAGUACUUUCAUCAAGUUGUUGGAGAUAGUGAUAGAGGUGAGUUGAUGCGCGCAGCGCGUUUUGGUUUGAGAAGGCACUGAGAACCUCGAGAGACCUCAAACACCGAUAUACAGAAUAUAGACUUUCGUUAUCCAUCCUUGAUACUCAUACUUGUCGCCUCUUUGACCCUACUUCAAAACUUCUCCUUGUGGCCCAAAGCUCUCCUCGCCCACCUUUUCACCAUCAAUUUUGCAACCGCGCAUCGCUUCCUCCCCACCACCCAUGGAAAGCUACUCACCAACCAUCAAAACUCUCCUCGAGUGGAUCAACACCUACCCGACUAGCACAGAGAAAUCAUCCCGAGGAUCAUUUAUUUCUUCCAAGAUCUCCAUCAAAGAUUAUGGUGAUGAAGGUAGAGGUUUGGUGGCCACUAGCAAAGUGUUCAACAACGAAGAAAUCAUCAAAAUCCCCCAUUCUCUCCUUCUCAAUGCCCACUCCGUCAUUCGUCAUAUAUCGGCUUACAACCUGGCCACCAAGUUGCCCGACCACUAUUCCAACAUCGAACUUUUGUACGAUCCACAAAAAACAAAUGAUGACAUAUCGCUCAUAUACUCUGUAAUCCAGUACGAGGAAAUGCUUACAAUGUCGUCAUUCCAGCUCGUGUCGUUGUUUCUAUGCCUAGAAGCAAAACGUCGAAGCUCAUUCUGGCGCCCGUUUUUGGACCUGUUACCUACCAUCGAGUCGUUUCAACUCACUCCCUUGGUGUGGGAAGUCAUGAAGUUUAAAAACUACCAGAAGUACCUCGAUCUUCUCCCGGAUCAAACUGGUACCCACGCUGCCGAAGUAUACUUCAGGUUCCAAUCCGACUUUGAUGCUGUGAAACUGUUUCUUCUGACAAAAUUAAAUACUCUUCACAAGACCGACGCAUUGGCAGAGUACUUAGACGAACAACAGUACUUGGUGGCCUGGAUGUGUAUCAACUCUCGUUGCCUCUACAUGGAACUCAGAGAAAGCAAAGACAGUAGCGACAACUUUACCAUGGCCCCGUAUGUCGAUUUCAUCAAUCAUACCGAUACCGACCAGUGCAGCUUGAAAAUUGAUGGCAGAGGGUUUCAUGUUUCUACCACCACCACGUACGAGCAAGGAAACCAAAUGUACUUGAGCUAUGGUCCACACUCCAACUCAUUUCUCCUUUGUGAAUAUGGCUUCACGAUUCCAUCUAAUCAGUGGAAUGAUUUGGAUGUUUCCCCAGUGAUCAUCAAGCAGAUGAACGAGAACCAAAUCGAGUUCUUGAAAGCCAACGAUUAUUAUGGCGACUAUACCAUCCGAAAAGGGUCGGGGGUUUCGUACAGAACGGAAAUAGCUUUGGCGGUAUUACAGGAACCGCAGCCCCAGAACUCGAGGAAACUCAACGCAUAUAUCCAGGGUCUUUCAGAAGGGGAACAUUAUAGUGCAGGUAGCCGGUUACUUCUAGAGGCCAUUUUAACGGGGCCGGUGAAAGACUAUGAAAACAGCAAGCAUUUACAUUCGAACGGGAAACAAGAUCAAAUAGAGGAGAGAAUACUUCGGUGCAUUGGUCUGCUCUAUGAGGAUCUCAAGGACAUAGUUGAUGAUGUUUUAUAAAGAGUUUUUAUUAAAUGUCCUACAAUGGGCUUCUAUGAAACCCCUUACUCUAACUCUCCCACGUUAUUGUUGGUUAAUCACAAACUCAGACGCAUUGUUUUCCAACGUCCUGUCAAUAGAAUAUUUCGUUUUGAUCAUCGAAACCAACAUGUUGUUUGUAGGUGUGCUGAUUGAAUGCUUUUUCCCCAAUUUACUGAUAUAACCAUUAAUGUAGUCGAUCUCCGUCGGCAGUAGAUUCCGUACAUCUUCUCUCAUUGACGAGCUAUUGCUGGCAGUAUUCUCAAUCACCUCGAUCACAGCAUCAAGAAGUCUCUUUGGAUCAAUAACCGUACUGGCUUCGGGCAUGGCAAUGAAUAGCGGUUUAUACUCGACCCGGAUAGUUGCUACCAACUCCCAUAUAACUCUCAUCAUCAUCUGAAAUACCUUCUUGCCCUUAAGCAAGUCUCCAUUCUUACAGUCCAAAAUGGCAGUGAUGGGUUUGACUGGAGGUAUAGCUACCGGGAAAUCAACGGUUUCCAACCAAUUGAAAGAAACAUACAAGAUUGAUGUUGUAGAUGCUGAUCUAAUUGCCAAGGAAGUGGUUUUACCGGGACAGGCUGCUUACAAGCAAAUUGUAGCGAAGUUUGGGUCUGAGAUCCCUGAUCUCUUACUUGAAGACCAAAACUUGAAUAGAGAAGCGUUGGGGAAACAUGUGUUCGGCAACCAUGAACAUCUCAGGAUAUUGAAUGCCAUAGUGCACCCAGCAGUGAAGAGAGCAAUUUUCUGGAGGCUUUUCAAGGCAUAUUUGACAUUUUCCAGACUUGUUAUACUUGAUGUUCCUUUACUAUUUGAAUCUGGUUUGCACUUAAUUUGUGGGAAAGUUAUCACUGUGACGUGUAACAAAGAUACACAGUUGGAAAGGUUAUUAUCUCGGAACCCAACGUUGACUUCGGAGGAUGCACAAAAAAGAAUUGGCAGCCAAAUGACUAACGAAGAAAGGUGCUACAGGGCUGAUAUAGUGAUAGACAACAACCAAUCCUUGAAGGAAUUAGAAAGAAAAAUUGCGUCUGUGGUCAAGGAGGUGAUGCCAAGCUGGUUUUUUAGUAUUGUGGACUGGUUCCCACCUUUUGGGCUCUUAUCUGCUUUGCUCACAAUGACAUCGCGAUAUGCGAUUGACCGGUUUAAGGUUGGCCGCCCAAAGAGAGAGUAGUCUUACGAGUAAUGUAAUAUAAAUUAAAUGGUUUCCUAUUUA